AGUUUAGUGUCGGGUCGCGUCCCAAAGAGGCCGCUUCCCGUGCCGCGACACCGUACCGCGAUACUCGCCGCGCCUGCGCACUCUCAUCUACUAUAUCUCAAACAAAACAUUGUUAUUCCGUUCCCAUCUGACCGUUGCAAACGCUCACCUUACGAUACGAUCACGUCUUGUGACUUGUUGUGAUUUUACUAAUUUUCGCACCAAACAAUCCGAGAAAAUGGACCCGCGAACGGAAUGGAGCGUACAAUUACAGUGUGUUUAUAUAUCUCUACGUUUACAGUGAUAAUAAGUGAUAGUGAUCGACAUUUGAGUGAUAAACUCCGUUUGCGGACAUUUAAGGAUCGAGGAUCAACGAUAACUACAUUUGGAUAAUGCUAAGAGUGGAUGAGGACGAGAUCUAGUUUUUGACUGUUGCGAUGCGGAUAUCGGUGUGGACUCAUAGUGCGUGUUUAUAAAAGCGAUGCAUGGUUUGUGAGGCCUUGGCGGUCAUGGACAUGAGUGGCGAGGGCGGCGCGGGGGCCGGCGCGGGCGCAGGCGCGCUGCAGCAGCGCUGGUACGAUGGCCGCGUCAACGGCAGCCCGGCCGCCGGCGACGUGGGCGACGCCAAUGCCGACGGCUUCUUCCAUUCGCCGCUAGAGGGCGGACACCAUAGCCGCUCGCGCUACUAUCAUCAGCAGAUGCACGCCCCCUACUCCGCCGCUGUUGCAUCGCACGGUCGAACGUUAAGCGGCGGCAGCGGGCAGGUGUGCCGGCCGCACUUUCACACGCCGCUGCACCCCUGGCUGGACUCGAAGGCGCUGGGUGGCGGCGCAUGGGGUGGCGGCUUCCAGCAGGAGGGCGCGCAGGCCGACAAGCCGCUUUCCCCGGCGCAGCACCACCACCCGCACCCACUCUUCUCCUUUCCCCCUACUCCCCCCAAGGAUUCGACGCCGGACUCGGUGGCGGCGGCGGCACUGGGUCAGCAAGACUACCAGGCGGCCGUGGCACAUGCUACCGCCAUGAGCGUGGCCUUCAUGCAGCAGCAGCAGGAGUUGCCGCUAUGCGGGGACGUCAAGCCCAUGAUGGGCGUGCCGCCCAGCAAGCAGCGUGAAGGUGCGCAGCCCGACUCGUGCCCCCAGGACGCGAGCCAGCCCUCCGGGGAGUACAACGCGCAGUACAAUGCCGCCAGCGGCGACUACUACGGCUACCAGGGCAAGGGUUAUAGUCAGCAGCAGAGCAAGCCGCGCCCCAACAAGACGCGCACAAGCGCCGAGGGUCGGGAGUGUGUCAACUGCGGGGCGACAAGCACUCCGCUGUGGCGACGCGACGGCACCGGGCACUACCUCUGCAACGCUUGCGGUCUCUACUACAAGAUGAACGGACAGAAUAGGCCUCUAAUCAAGCCAAAGCGAAGAUUGGUGAGUUCACUGCAGAGCGCGGCGCGACGAGCCGGCACCUCGUGUGCCAACUGCAAGACUACCACGACGACAUUGUGGCGACGCAACCAGAACGGGGAGCCCGUCUGCAACGCUUGCGGACUCUACUACAAACUACAUAAUGUAAACAGACCGUUGACAAUGAAGAAAGAGGGGAUUCAAACGCGAAAUCGCAAACUGAGCAGUAAGAGUAAAAAGAAGAAGGGGGGAAUGGGCAUGGGGGGAGGGGGAGCGUGCGCGCUCGCGCUGGGAGGUGUCAUGGGGGACAUGAUCAAGCCGCUCGGAGAUGCCACUAAAGGUUUCGGCGGAUCAGCGUUUCCCUCUGCAAUGGACUUUGGUCAGCACCAGGUGGGGCUGGUACAUCCGGCGGCGGCGCACAUGUCGCACUGGUACGGCGCACCGCACCAGGGCUUCGCCCCGCCACCCGCCUCACACAAUCCUUACCACCAUCAUCACCUCGCGCAGCUCAAUUCUAUGACUGGCUGGAGGAGUGAGUACACGUGAUAAGUCAGUCUAAGAGCCCGACACUUCGAAUGUAUACAGCGGAUGACGUCACGCCCGGCGAACCAUUAUAGAGAGAACGAAGACAUCACAAAAUAGUUACUGUGAUUUCAAUUAGAGAUGAUUAAUUACCCGAAAGUAGUUCGUAUAUUAAUCACUGUAUGACCUUUGACACAUCACAUUAAUUUUAUAAGACUGUUAACUGAAUUGAUGUUUGUAAAAAAUACCCGCACUAAAUGGUUUUUUCCUGUUUCGGUUAACAGAAUUCAUUACAAAUUGUUCAUGCGGUUUUUAUAUACCGCGUUCGUUUUCCGCAAGUAUUAUUCUAUUAGCCUCGCGUAGAAGAUUUGCCGAUGACUUUCUCACCCACUAACACCGCGCUAGUACUCGUAUGCUCCGUACUGUAAGUUAACGCGUGACGUCAUGACGCCAUCGGCAAAGCUUCUGCGCACGAGUAAUAGGUGCGUAUUACAUGAGAGUAACUAGCGAAAUUGUACAGUAUUAUAAUGUAAUUUAGGGUCGUUUAAUGUCCGUUUAGAUGAUUUAUAUAUAUACGAUAUAAGUAGGUAUUGUUAAA